UUUUUUUUUUUAGAGUGGGAAAUUUUAAUGAAAUCUUAAGCAAGCCAAAGAAGUGUGGAUUUACAGAUUCACACAGUAGUGGUUUAUCAUUGGCCACUGCUGCACAAAGUUCUGGGAGGCUCCUGCAUUGAUAGGACGGUCACAGCAUGAACAUUUCCUCCACAUGUCUGUCAGUGCUGCUCCAGUGCAGGCAGACUUUUGUGGGGUCGGCGGUCCGCAGCCCCUCGCUCAGUGUCCGUGCAGGACAAGCGAAGCUGUCAUAUCAGCUGGGAGCCUCCGAGCUGCUGUCUGUCUGUCUGUCUGUCAGUCGGUCUGUCUGCGUGUCUGUCCGUCUGUCUGUCUCACUCGGGCAGGAGGAGGCAUGGCAGGCUGGGGGGGCUUCUUCUUCUCUCUCCUCAACUACAAGACCGAGAAAUAUGUCAUCGCCGAAAACAGGAGGAUCGGAAUAUUGUUCAGACUCUACCAGCUGGCCGUGCUGGGAUACAUAAUCGGGUGGGUGUUUGUGGUGAAGAAAGGCUACCAGGAGAGAGAAGAGGCCAUCCAGACCUCAGUCAUCACCAAGCUUAAAGGCGUCACGCUGACCAACAGCUCUGAGACGGGCCUUCACUUGUGGAGCGCUGAGGAUUACGUCAUACCUCCAAAUGGCGAGCAGGUGUUCUUCAUCGUGACAAAUUACAUAGAGACGCCCAAUCAGAGGCUGGGGUACUGUGCUGAGAGCUUCAGGGUGCCGGAUGGACGAUGUCAAAGUGAUUAUGACUGUGCGGAGGGGGAGGCUGUAAUAGCAGGCCAUGGAAUCAAGACGGGCGUGUGUUUAAACAGCACUGGGACCUGUGAGAUCAACGCCUGGUGUCCUGUCGAGUACAGCAAGAGACCCCCAGAGCCCUUACUGAGCGAAGCCGAGAACUUCACCAUCUACAUAAAGAAUUUUGUCAGGUUUCCCAAGUUUGAAUUCUCCAAGUCCAACGUCCUUGAAACGUCAGACGACACCUACCUGAAAAGAUGCUCCUACGACAGAGAGACCCACCUGUACUGCCCCAUCUUCCGGGUUGGUGAUGUGGUACGCUGGACGGGACAUGACUUCCAGGACAUGGCUGUUAAGGGCGGGUCCAUCGGCGUCCUCAUUGAGUGGAACUGUGACCUGGAUAAGGACGCUUCGGAGUGUAAUCCGCAGUACAGCUUUACCCGUUUGGACAUGAACCAGAACAACUCGGCCACAUCGGGAUACAAUUUCAGAUUCACCAGGUAUUACAAGGAUCAAAACGGUGAAACCUAUCGCACUUUGUAUAAAGUGUAUGGGAUUCGCUUCGAUAUCAUGAUCAAUGGCCAGGCUGGAAAAUUCAAUAUCGUCCCAACCAUAAUUGCCAUCGGCUCGGGCAUUGCUCUAUGGGGAAUAGGCGCCUUUGUGUGCGACAUGAUCCUGCUGUACAUGAUGAACACGAGCUCCUACUACCGAGAGAAGAAGUUUGAAAUCAUCAACUUCAAGAAAGACCGGACCAAAUCAAAGGACGGGAAGGCAGCACACAAGGAAAGGAGAUCUAGGAAGGCAGCAGCAGGGAAAGAGGCCGCAAACUCCAAAAAGCCAGAGGAAAAUGAAGCCACUGUUGAGAGCCAGCAGCCUGCGGACAGCCGGGGCCCCACCAUACCGCGCAACACGGGACAGCGUUACUCUGCCAUUCUCUCUAACCAAGGCGCAGAGCCGAGGCAUCACAUCACUUUCUCGUCACACAAUUAAGUUUGCAAGCAGAGCAAGACGAAUCCCGGUGGUCUCGGUUCCGAUGCGAGAGGUGGAGACAAAAGGCGGACUGAUGUUCACUUCUCACCCAUUGGCACGACUACUGGCACGCCACUAGCCUGAGUGAUGCUUGGCCCCGACCGAACACAUGUCGGUCCAUGAAAUUGUUAAUAUUCUGCACUGUGCACUUGAGCCAGGACGCUGAUUUAGAAAUACGCAGAAAGGUGGUUUUCAGUGGCUGGGUCGGGUCGGGAUCCAAAUUUGGGAUGUGGGAGAUUACAUCAGGUCCAUUAAGUAAUGAUACGCAAACGCACUGUGAUGAUGCUGAUACAAUAAGCAAAGUGAUGGAAAAUGAUUUGCUAAAGACUUACUGCUUUACAAACGCAUAGAAUUAAUUGUCUUUGUUCAUGUCAUAUAAUCAAUUAGCUUUUUUGGCUGUUGAUCAGACUAAUUAAGCAUCAUUUCGAGUUGAGCAAUAUCUGAUUGGCCUAGUUCUUAUUUUUGCCAUUUUCUUGACUUAAUUUUAAUUCCAAAGAAAUAAGCCCAUUUCGAUUCACUCUUAUCACCACUGCAUUUAUUUGAAUUAAAUGGGCUCUAUGUAACAAUUUAUAGUCAUUUUAAUUUAUGAAUCCCUUUUAUAGACCAUAAGUGAGCAGAUUGGAACAUGACGUGAAAAAUUAGACUUUCCCUGUCUAUGAUAUGAAAAAGCUGUUUUCUGAUGCUAAACUGUGGAUUUCUUUGUCAACAGACAGAAUUUUGCACAACUUGAGUUCAGAAAUGGAGUCUGUUAACAUAAUGUAAUGACAGGCUUACAGCACAACACAGAAGUUCCACAGAGCCCCUUUAAAAGAGGUCGAUGCAGAGGUGAAAAGUGUUGAAUUAACUUUUGGGCACCAGAUCUUUUGAGGGAUAUAAUUCUCAGCACCACAGAAGAGACAAAGCAAGUUUUAGGCAUGACGGCUUCCACCCAUCAUCGACUAAAUUAUGAAAAUCGCAGCAAAAAUAGAAAUUGUAGCCAUUCAUGUUAUUCCAUAUUUUUUCCCCAUGGACUUCAAAUACAGGCCUGGAUUAGAUCAAAUAAACAUUGCAGUCGAAUACAAAAUAUUGUAAAACAAUUUAAUCCCCCCCCACCAUCACUUCUAAAUUCAGUGUUGGGUCAGGAGAAACAUUAUCUUGUUAGCAAGGAAUCACAGAUAAAAUGUAAAAAAAGAGACAAUAUAUAGGAAAAUGUGUGAAAGGUCUUAAUUGUGAGUAUUUCAGUUGUGCCCGUGUUGCGACAGGCACCUGAGCGUACUGUUACACUGCUGUAUGUUGAGUUGGUUGUGACAUUUAUAUCGGCAAAGCGAUGGCUCCAACACAACCAAAUGCAACCAAACCAAACCAAAAACAACACAAUGUAUUUGUGCCGCUGCGGAAUGCAGUCGUGAUGUGCUACUGUGAGUUUUUUGUGAAUGGACAAGCUCUCUGAU